UACAUCACCACAGGCAACCACAAUUAUUCUACUAGGAAAACUGAAAUUAAUUCUGUCGAUCUUGUUGAAUCAGCUUGCUCUUCUAAAGAUCGAUUAAGAAACAAUGUUACAACCACCCCGGCUUUUAUCAAAAUCAAAUUAUGUCGCACAAUCUUUAAUCAAAUCGAGAAGCUUCAGUAUUUCCCACCCUGUGAGAUCUUCGCAACUAUCAGUUGCAAAAUUGCUUGGGACUGCUCCUCAGAAUGUAGAUGAGGUUAAAGUCAAUGUCAAUGGUUUCAUUCGUUCAAUUAGGAACCAGAAAAAGAUAUCGUUUGCUUCAAUUAGUGAUGGCUCAAGUGUGCAACCGUUACAAGCUCUUCUCACUCCACAACAAGCGGCAAGGUCUGAUAGCCAUACAAAAUUGUUUCUCUUCAUUCCUAAUCGUACGAUAGACUCUCGAUAGGCACAGCCGUACGCCUCACCGGAUACUGGAAACCUUCCCCGAACCAAAAGGCACAAAGCAAUGAAUUGCAUGUGCUUGAAGUAAAUGUCUUAGGCGCCGCAGAUCCUGCCGUAUGUAAGGCUUGGAUGCAAUACUUUUUCCUUGAUGGCCAUUACUAAUCCAUAUUGGCAGACUUUCCCACUACAGAACAAAUACCACACACCUGAAUAUCUCCGUACCAUUCCUCAUUUGCGAACAAGAACGCCCUUCAAUUCAGCAUUACUUCGAUUUCGAUCACAAAGCAUAGCCUCCCUCACACAUUUUUUUACUGAACAAGAUUACGUCCAAACACAUCCUCCCAUAAUUACAUCUUCAGAUUGUGAAGGCGCCGGAGAAGUGUUUGAAGUAGGUAGCGCGCACAAAGUGCCGGUCGGGAAGAGUGAUGAUGGAACAUUCUUCAGAUCAUCCAAAUAUUUGACUGUUUCAAGUCAACUACACUUGGAAGCUUUGGCACAAUCGGUAGGAAAAGUUUGGACACUGUCACCUACAUUCCGAGCGGAGAAAAGUGAUACACCAAGACACCUGAGCGAGUUUUACAUGUUGGAAGCGGAAUGCAGUUUCGUGGAAAAAAUGGAUAGCAUUAUCGACCUUGUCGAGAAUAUGCUAAGACAUUUGACUACAAACCUUUAUUCUACUCAGGUAGGGAAAGAAAUAUUGGAAGCGAAGCGAAGCGGCGACGAAGAAACGGAUACUAUAAACAGAAACCGGGAAUUGACACGAAGAUGGGAAGGUAUGAUGAAGAAAUCUUGGCCACGGAUCACCUAUAUGCGAGCAAUCAAAGAGCUUCAAGAAAGUGGGCAAAAUUUCGAAUAUCCUCCUAUCUUUGGUUCUGGCCUUCAAGCUGAACACGAACGCUAUAUCGCCGACGCGAUCGGACUUGGAUCGCCUGUCUUUGUAACAGAUUAUCCAAAAUCCAUCAAGCCAUUUUACAUGCUGCCUUCAGAAAACUCAGGCGAAGGAAGAACAUCGGAGACUGUCCAAUGUUUUGAUCUCCUAGUUCCUGAGGUAUGUGAAAUUGUAGGUGGAUCUAUGCGUGAAUAUAGAUUACCGGAACUAAUUUCUGCUAUGCGAGCGAACGGUAUGGUGCGAGGUGAUGCAGGAGAAGAAGACUUUGGUUCCUUGAAAUGGUACACAGACCUGAGACGCUGGGGCAGUGUACCUCAUGGAGGAUUUGGCUUGGGAUUCGAUAGAUUGUUGGGAUAUCUCGCCGGUGUGCAGAAUAUCAGGGAGAUUGUCACAUUUCCAAGAUGGAUAGGAAGAUGUGAUUGCUGAAAUGGGUAAGCAUAAAGCAUAGUAGUUUCAAGUGAAGGUUGACACAAACUGGGACCGACUUGGCAUGAGGCAUUCUCUUAAGAGAAUUCGACCGACACACAAUCUACGAUUGAAGCGGAUAUUGUAAGAAUAGAAAGGGUUUUGAUAUGAGGUCACUAAUUCAUGCAGCAACACUCUCUUGAAAAUAAGAGAAUGCCUGGUUGUGAGCAACCCGAGAAGCGACCAUAAUCACAAUCCAACGCAUCUCUUCACUCAUUUCAUUACAAUAUAAUGACGAGUCUUUCACGGACGGUUUUUGCCUAC